GGGAGCUAGCUGGUUGAGAAUUGUGCUAAAAAUCCUCCUCCCGUGGCCUUUGGAGGACAGUGAAGUCAUUUGAGAAGGAGGAGAAGAAGACACGUCCAGAUCAUCAUCCCUGAUAGUUUUACACAGUUUCUGCAGAGGAAAAUAAACGGCGCUGGCUUUCCCGUCGAUCCGAUCCAGACCCCGCCGGCUAUCUUAAUCAUUCUUCCUUCAGAUCUUACAUGGUUUUGCCUUUCUGAGCAGCCAUCGCCGACCCUUUUGUGGGCAUUUAUCCCCCCUCCAUCCUACCCCCCCUCUCUCUCACACACACACCGUUAAAUUAAAGGAUGCCGGAUCAAAUAUCGGUGUCCGAGUUUCUCUCGGAGACAACAGAGGAUUACAAUUCUCCGACGACGUCCAGCUUCACCACCCGCAUGCAGAGCUGCAGGAACACAGUGAAUGUGCUGGAGGAGGCACUGGAUCAGGAUCGAACUUCUCUGCAAAAGGUGAAGAAAUCAGUGAAGGCAAUCUACAAUUCAGGUCAAGAUCAUGUGCAGAAUGAAGAAAAAAACACCCAGGCUCUGGAUAAGUUUGGUAGCAACUUCAUCAGCAGGGACAACCCUGACCUGGGGACAGCUUUUGUCAAGUUCUCCUCUCUCACCAAGGAGCUGUCAGCCCUGCUGAAGAACCUGCUACAGAGCCUCAGCCACAAUGUGAUCUUCACCCUGGACUCGUUGCUCAAGGGGGAUUUGAAAGGCGUGAAAGGGGACUUAAAGAAGCCUUUUGACAAAGCGUGGAAGGACUAUGAGGCUAAGUUUACAAAGAUAGAGAAGGAGAAGCGGGAGCACGCCAAGCAGCACGGGAUGAUCCGCACCGAAAUCACUGGGGCCGAGAUCGCAGAGGAUGAGAAAGAGCGGCGCUUGUUCCAGCUGCAGAUGUGCGAGUACCUGAUCAAAGUAAACGAGAUUAAAACUAAGAAAGGAGUAGACCUCCUGCAAAACCUGAUUAAGUAUUACCACGCACAGUGCAAUUUCUUCCAAGAUGGCUUGAAGACAGCAGAUAAGCUGACAUACAUCGAGAAGCUGGCGGCUGAUCUCUACAACAUAAAGCAAACUCAGGACGAGGAAAAAAAACAGCUGACUGCUUUGCGGGAUCUGAUCAAGUCCUCCCUCCAGUUGGACCAGAAGAAGAGCCACUACCUCCACUUGAGCCAGAUUUUUCACCCCUCUCCCUUCUAUCUCCUUUUUACUGCUUUCUGCUUGUCUGGAAUCAAGUCUAGAAGAGACUCGCAGAGUAAGCAAGGUGGCUACAGCAUGCACCAGCUGCAGGGAAACAAAGAGUUUGGUAGUGAGAAGAAAGGCUACCUGCUGAAGAAGAGUGACGGGCUGAGGAAGGUGUGGCAGAGGAGGCAGUGCUCGGUGAAGGGAGGCAUCCUCACCAUUUCUCAUGCCACAUCCAACAGGCAGCCUGUCAAACUCAACCUGCUCACCUGCCAGGUGAAGCCCAGCUCUGAGGACAGAAAAUGCUUCGACCUAAUUUCACAUAACCGGACAUAUCACUUUCAAGCUGAAGACGAACAAGAGUUUGUCAUAUGGAUCUCCGUGCUCACCAACAGCAAAGAGGAGGCUUUAAACAUGGCUUUCCGAGGUGAGCAGAGCAGCGGCGGGGAGGACGGAUUAGAGGACUUGACUAAGGCCAUCAUAGAAGACGUGCUACGCAUGCCAGGCAACGAGAUCUGCUGUGACUGCGGAGCUUCAGAGCCGAAGUGGCUGUCCACCAACCUGGGUAUCCUGACCUGCAUCGAAUGCUCUGGGAUCCACCGUGAGAUGGGCGUCCACAUCUCCCGCAUCCAGUCCAUGGAGCUGGACAAGCUGGGGACCUCAGAACUGUUGUUGGCCAAGAAUGUAGGAAACAGUAGUUUCAAUGAAAUCAUGGAGGCCAACCUCCCCUCCCCUUCUCCAAAACCCAACCCCUCAAGUGACAUGACGGUGAGGAAGGAGUUCAUCAACGCCAAGUACGUGGACCACAAGUACGCGAAGAAGACGUGCACGUCGGCGGCGGCCAAGAUGAUCGAGUUGUUUGAGGCCAUCCAGACCCGGGACCUGCUGGCUCUCAUUCAGGUCUACGCCGAGGGGGUGGAGCUGAUGGAGCCGCUGCCUGAGGCAGGACCGGAAGCUGGAGAGACAGCUCUGCACUACGCUGUCCGGACCUCUGACCAGACCUCUCUGCAUCUGGUGGACUUCCUUGUGCAGAACAGUGGUAACCUGGAUAAGCAGACCGAGUGGGGGAACACCGCCCUGCAUUACUGCUGCAUGUACGAAAAGCCCGAGUGCCUCAAGUUGCUCUUGAGAGGCAAGCCGGCCACCGACAUCGCCAAUCAGAACGGAGAGACGGCCCUGGAUGUUGCCAGGCGACUGAGGAACACUCAGUGCGAGGAGGCACUCGUCCAGGCUGCAGAAGGGAAGUUCAAUCCUCACAUCCAUGUGGAGUACGAGUGGAGCCUCAGACUGGAGGAGAUGGACGAGAGCGACGACGACCUGGACGACAAGCCUAGUCCCAUCAAGAAGGACCGCUCUCCCCGACCGCAGAGCUUCUGCCACUCCUCCAGCUUGUCGCCCCACGACAAGCUCCUGCCCGGCUUCAUCAGCCAGAGGGAUAAGCAGCAGCGGCUCUCCUACAGCGCCUUCACCAACCAGAUGUACAGCGCCUCCACCGACCUCAGCUCCUCCCCAGUGGCUGACGGGCCGCCGCUGCCGCCCAGGAACCAGGGCAAAGCUCCUCCCCCAUCUGGCCCUCCCUCCACACUCACACCAGGAGGCAGCUCCACCCUGUCCAAGAAGAGACCUCCGCCCCCACCUCCUGGACACAAACGCACCUUGUCCGACCCACCCAGCCCGCUCUCUCACAGUCCGCACAGUAAAGGGGGCGCAGUAAUCGGGGGAAGUGACUCCACCCCUCCACCAGUCAGUAAGAUGUCCCCGUCCAACAAGUUUGAAGGCAUUCCUCAGCAGCAAAGCACUACUUCAAGCAACACGAAGUCAACACUUGGUCCAAGGGUUCUUCCCAAACUACCUCAAAAAGUGGCGUUGAGAAAAAUCGACACCAUCCACCAUCCGUCUGUGGACAAGCCCAGCCUUCCUCCAGAGGUCUUCCAGAAGUCUCCGCCUCCAACCGAAACCGCACACAAGGCGCCCCUGGCUGACAGACCCCAGCUGAGCGACCUGCCGCCCAAACCGCAGGUUUCCGAACUUCCCCCGAAGCCGGGAGAACUUCCUCCCAAGCCGCAGCUCUCCGACCUCCCCCCUAAGCCCCAGCUGGGCGACCUGCCGCCCAAACCUCAGCUCAAAGACCUUCCCCCCAAGCCGCACCUGGCGGACCUGCAUCCCAAACCGGGGACGUCCGAGUCUGCACCCCGGCCCCCUGCUGGGGAUUCAACGGCGCAGAGGCCGCAAACGCAGCCGCCCCCGCCACCUCAAACGCAGCCGCAGCAGCAAGACUCGCCAUCGCCCAACCAGCAGGUGGCGAACAUAGCGACUCCAUCACAGCAAACCGCAGAGGACACUAACGGGACACCGCCAGGGACCGCAGAGACUCCGGUGCCCCCAAGGAAGAUCAAUACAGGUAAGAAUAAAACCCGGCGGGUGAAGACAAUCUACGACUGUCAGGCGGACAACGACGACGAGCUGACAUUCGCUGAAGGAGAGGUGAUCAUAGUUACAGGAGAAGAGGACCAGGAGUGGUGGAUCGGACACAUUGAAGGAGAUCCGGACAGAAAAGGCGUGUUCCCCAUGUCUUUUGUUCACAUCCUGAGUGACUGACAGCCAGACUUGCACUACGUCUCUCCCUAACGUGGGAUUUAAUGUAAAUAAAUACCUUAUCACACAGUAAAACCCCUGGUCACACAGCAGGUGUCCUGAAGAAAACAAAGUAAUGAAGAAAACCAAGAAGGCUCAUCCACGCUGUACAAAGAAUGUGUGUAUUUCUCCUCUACCAGUAUUAUCUUAACCCUUAUAGCAUGGCCGAGACAGAGCCACUCAAAACAAAACCCUAGCACUUACCUAGAAGUCUAUGUUUAUGCUGUUCCUGUGUAUAUAUGUAUGUAAAUAUAUAUGUGUGUGAGUGUACAUACAUGUUUUAUUGUACAAAACAUGUACCUGCUCUCUGCCUGUCCGAGGUUGGUAGAGCGUGAAUUUUAUCUGUAUUACUUUCACCGGUCCUCGAGUAAUUAUCAGCUUAUAUUUCUGUGGGGUUGGCAGAGUGGGGCAGGAGGGACAGAUAUGAAAUUGAAUGUGAAAUAGGUCAUGUCAUUAUUUGUCUUGCAUCCCUGUUUACCACCAUAGUUGACUGAAGAGGCAGGGGUCUCCCGCCAAUCCUCCCCCGAAACGGGGGAAAGUAUUCUCAUCAAGUGUACUCCUUGUUCUUGCUUGCUUUUUUGUGUGUUACACGUAUUAUGAUUGUUUUACCGUACAAAAACCUGCUGCUACUUUGUGGUGGAUUUAAAAAAGAAAAAAAAACAUUCAAAAGCCCGUGGUUCACUGUAGGUCACUAAUUUUACUCCUUGUUACACUGUCCACCCGUACGUAUGCUCUGUGUGUUGAAAACCGACCAUCUCAGCUUUUCCUUGAUGAAACGACGACUGGAAACGAGUGGAGUGCAAAGUUCAAACACUCACCUCAGGGUUUGAAAAGCCACUAUAGCAGGACUACACAGAAAAAAAAGGAGCGGUAUAUCCUGUUGUUUUAAGCCACUAUCGACCAUAUGUAUGGGAAUCUCAACAGGACAUCUUAGCAAUAAUGUUUUUUUCACAGGCUAGAAGUUUCAGAACCUGUGUUCACAUUUCAGUGUCUUGUAAAACCUCAUGAGCUUGAAUUUUGUUCAGUUUUUUUAAGUUUGAAAUCAUUCCUUGUUACUGGAGAACAUUUCCAGGUUGCCUGUGAACCAGAAAUGUCUUUUAGAUGAAGGUUGUGGAGACUAUGUAUUUUCACCCAGUCCUCACUGACGUACAGUUCUUCCCAUGUUAAGGAACAAACCCAUCAACCCAUUGUAUCAUUAAAAGUGCUGUACCGAAACAAUGA